UCUUCAAUUUCUCUUCGUAAGGAGGCUGUGGAGGUUUUAGAUUGGGGUGUUUUGGAGGGAUUGGACUUUUUCUUGCUCGGUGGUGAGUUCGGUAGUUUUUCCGGCCAUGAGUUCGGUAAGUUGGAUUUGUUGACAAUGAACACAAACUAA